AUGAUCACUUUCAAUACCGUUCUAACGGCGAUCUGUUCGUUAUCAAAGUGCUUUCCCCAGCUGGACCUGCCACUUAGGUUGGAAGAGGGGUUUCUGCAGACGACAGACUUGAAUCUGGCCACGAAUCAGACCCUGACUGUGGCCCUUGAUCUGGCUUCCGAUAACUUUUGGGUUUUUGGGGCGAACAAAGUGGAUGAUGCCCUACUUCAAGGCGUGCCAAGCGGAGUGUUGAAGACGGCGUAGGUUCGGAGUUAACGUUAUUUUUACUAGGGGAACAUAGGUAGCCCUUUUCGAAAACAAUUCCGUCCAAUUUCAGCAAUGACCCACUUGUUGUGUUCAACGAGAGUUCCACGCGUUUCAUCGUCAAGUACCGUAAGCCCAUCUACGAAGACGACUUCAACAUUACAAUUCAGUUUGCUCGGAGCGUCAUCAAUUUGAAUACCAAUGCGCUAGGGAUUCCUCAAAUCGGCGUUGCACUGAAGAACGUGACGACUUACAUGAGCUAUCUCGUCGGUGGAAGUGGGGUGUUCGGGAUGCAAACAAGUUCAUACGCGAACGGUGUAACGAUUAGUAACAGUCCUGGGAAUGUGAUGUUGUUGUACACACCAACGUAAGGUUUUUGGAAAUGAUCUUUUGUGUUUAAGAGCUGUAGGCCAGGAUUUACAAGAGUUAAUAUGCAGCAUCGUUUCAACGCGCCUGAAAGAUUGAAAGAAAAAAUCUAGCGCCUCAUUGGGAAAAAUUUCCUUGUGACGUCUACAUAUCAGUCUGUUGGGAAAAUAAUGUGGAUUCGUAGCAGAAAGACGUCUCGCCUUCGCAGUUGAUCCCCAAAUUUUCAGCCCGUCUAGCCGUUGCAAAAAGAUGAUGGAUGAUUCGAAAGCGCGGCGAAUUCACAUUACUUUCCCGACAGACUUGUACUAUGUUUUUCCGAAAGUACGCCUUUUCCAACUGCGUCAUUUUAACCGCGAAGUAGCGAACACCUUUUUUUACUUACAUGUCAAAGCAUGGGCUAAAUAAUAAGUCUCAAAAAUGCUCUGAAUUUUCAGCUAUGGAAAAACAGAAGGCCGAGUGGCCACUGGUGCAAACGCGGUGGACAGCCGCUGUUCCAACAGCUCUCUAACCUUCCCAAUGAUCCGUACAAGAGCGUUGUAUCCUGGCUCGGAGGGAAAUUACUUCGCCUUUAACUCGACACUGUAAGCACUGUAAUAUCAAUCUGUCGGGAAAAUAAUGAGCACUCUGUCGCAUCGAAAAUCGCAUCGCCGAUGAGAAAAUGAAUUGUGUCGCGACAAAAUCAAGUUGCUUUUCACUCAGCGACGUCAUAGCGACAUGGUGCUCAUUAUUUUCCCGACAGACUUAUUUACAACUAUAAGUAUGUUCUUCAAAUUUUAGAACAAACAAAAAGAUGUUGCUCUCGACAAUGACAUCGUAUGUCGUUGUAGAUCCCGCCACAUUCUCGGUAGUGGAAAAAGUGCUGUUGCCAGUGUGGGACCCCCGAAAUUUAACCGAUGACAAGGGGAUUCCACUGCGAAAACACAAAAUCAUCCCGUGCAAUUUGACAAAGAGCGCACCGGUAUUGACAUUCGGCGUGGAGGGGAAAAGUUUGACGCUGGAUGGAACGGAUUACGUCAAGAGGACGGUAAGAUUUUGUAUUUUAUAAUAAUAGAUUCACCAGUGACCCAAGUGUCUAUGUUUUUUUUUAUUAAAUACGAGUUUUUAAGUAGGUCAAAAACGGCCAAUUUGGAUAUAGAUAUGAACAAUGAACAGUGCACUCCUCGACAUAAAUUUUUGACCAUCAAUUUAUCCAUAUAUCAAGUAAAAAUAACUCCAAAAAAUAAUAAAUACAAGUACGAUGCUCAGAUUUUCUUUAAACUUUUCACACAUUUUGGACAUGGGUAACCUAUCAAUUCCUGAAAGUUUUAGCUCGCAUUUUGCAGGCUCAGCCGAGAUAUUCAAUAAUCUUAGCCGCCGAGAGAGCAUGCGAGUCGCGGAGAGCGUAGAGAGGUCAGAGAAAAAGGGCUGUUUGGACGUAUCUCUGCCAGCCUUGCGCUAAAAAAGUUUAUUUUUCUUAAAAAUGUUACUCUAUUCAGUACAAGAAAGGCUGAAAUUUCUAUCCAUAGCCGUAUUUUACAAUGUUUGAAUAACUUUGAAUUUUAGACCUUUCUCUAGCAGCCGUAUAUUACAAAGUAAAAUUAACAAAAUUAUUUUUCAGACAACCGGCUACUGCAUUCUGAAGCUCCGCCAAAUGACCGCGAACGAGGAUUACUGGGUGCUGGGCUACCCGUUCCUUCAGAAGUAUUGUGUUAAAGUCGAUUUUUACAAGAAAACGCUGAGUUUUUCGAGUAGUAAUCAAGUAGCUGGCGAGACGGAGGAUGAAUAA